AAGUCGCUUCGUGUCGUCAUAUGUGCGGGUUAAACGCGUGUCUCCAACGCAUCCAACAACAAUUCAAACAAACUUCUUUCACAAUUGUGAGGUAAACAACAACAUAACAUAAAUUGUUAUGCGUGCGUGCAAAACAAAUUCAAAUAUGUUUAACAAAUAAACAUAUAAAAUUAUAAACGCAUAUCUGUGUGCAUUUUUUUGGCAGACCGUAAAAGGAAAAAACGCGCGCGUUAAAUAAAUAACAAAUUAAAUGUGACUUAAAAAUGCAUUGAAUAUUUAAGUAAACAAUAAUUCAGUGAAGGAAAAAUUAUUGUAAUUUAACGCAUUUUAUUGUACGGUGGCAAAAAGUUGUUUGCAUUAAUAAAACAAAUAAAUAAAAUAUAAAAUGAUUGUGAAAAGCUUAACAAAAAAUAUUAUUGAUUGGUAAAAAAGUUUAAAUGAUAAAAAUACAAGUUUAACAAACAGCAGUGUGAAAAGAAUUUUGUUAAAAUUGCAUUCAUUAAGUAAAAAUUUAUAUUAAAAAUUAAAUGAAUUGAAAAUACAAUUGGGAAAAUCACCAACGAGAUUUAAAUGAAAAAAGAGGAAUUAUCAUAAAAGAAUUGCUGAAAUAAAUGCCAAAAAAAUUGAAAAUUAAAAGCUACCAAUGAGAUUUAUGUGAAUUAAAGAAACUGCCAAACAAUUGGUGGCAACAUUAAUGAAGUUCAAUUAAAAUAUUUGUUGUUAAUUGCAAUUCCGCGAAGAGUGUCUGUCGAUUUAUUUGAAUCUGGCAUGUGUGUCUCAGUGUGACGUCGAGAAGGAAAGUGGACUGUGGGAACGAGAACGAGUGAUUUAUGGCUGAUGGUGGAAAAUGCAGUAACAAAAGAAAAAAAAUGCUUUAAAUAAAUAAGAACGCAUAAACGUGCAACAACAAAGCGAAAACACCGAGUGAGCGGGCAAAGAACAACAAUAAAAGGAAAAUACAUACAUAUAUACGAAUAUAAAAAACGAAGAAAAUUUCAGCACAAAAGUGAGGAAAGUGGGAGAAGAGGAAAAGAAUAAAGGCAAUUGAAAACAAUACGACGGCAUUACAGUCGAGGAUAACUCAUUAGAAAUUGAAAUGAGACGUGGCAGCAGCAUGGUUAAUUUUCUGUGGCUGCUGCUGGUGCUUUUCAGCUGUGCCACAGCUGAGGAGCAUUCGCAUCGCCAUCAUGAGGCAACAGCAGCGGCGGCAACAGCAACAACAACAACAAGUGCACCGGGCACGCUGAAGCAACAGCAACGCUUGUUGCAACUGCAACAGGCACAGGAGAACGGCAAUAGCAAUGGCAAUGGCAAUGGCAAUGACAUUGGCCUCCUCGACUAUCGCCACCAGCAUCCACAUCAUCACUUGCGUCAUGAGCAACAUUUGCGUGCCGAACUCGCUGGCAGCGUUGGCAACAGGCAACCGCCGUCGGCAGCCAAGCUGGAACUGGAGCAAUUGGCCAUGUUGCCGGGGCCGGGACAACAGCAUCAUUUGCGUCAUCACAAUCGUCAUCAUGCCGCCUGGGAGCAACGUGUUUUCCCCGCGCUGCGCCACCAGCAACAGCAACAACAACUGCAGCAACAACAUCGCACCACAAUUGCCCCGGCAACAUAUUCGAGAGUUGUAACAGAUGCUCCUCCAGCGCAUUCGUUCAGCAAUUCGAGCGGCACACGUUACUUUGAUCGCGAUGGCAUCUACGCUGCCUGGAUGCAACCACGUGCCACACGUGCCCCCAACUGGCAACAGCUCGAGGAGAGCUACGAGGAUGGUGACGAGGAUGAUGAGUAUGAUGAAGAUGAGGAUGAGGACUAUGAUGAGGAUGCUGACGAUGCAGCCACUGCCGAGUUGGCCAAACAAAUGCCACGCUAUUCGUUGUUUAGUCAAAAGUUGCCCUCAAUUAGCUCCAACGAAGAGGAUUACGAUGCCUACGAUCAGACAGUGGAUGUCGAAGUUGAUAAAAAUACCAACAAUAAUAAGCAUCCAAGUGUUGCCAAUGGUCAUGCCAAGGCGGCGGCCAAGCGGAAUGUCUUUGAUUGGCUCUUCAAGCGCGACAAGGAGAAGGUCAAGCCUCAGCCUCAGCCUCAGCCUCAAUUGCCGCCAGUCAAGCCAAGCACAACAGAGAAGCCGAAAAGCUUUCUGGAUGACAACCUAAACGAUGACGGUGACGAUGGGGACAACGAUGAAGCCAUCGAUGCCUUCUCCAACGAGCAGUGGAACAAACUGGAGCAUGAGCACAAAAUCCAACACGAGCAUUACAUGAACAAACAGAAGCAUCAAAAGGAGAUUGAAGCUUUGCGAGCGCGCAACAGAAAUACGCCAUUGAUAAGGCGCGGCAGCAUGCGACGAGGCAGCGGCAUUGAUAAUGAGGCAAAGGCAGCCGAGGGACUUUUGCUGUUGUCAGACACCAACAACAAUGGGCAUAAUGCGAAUGCAGACAACAAUUAUUCACACAAUUAUAUACCCGGCAAGCUAACUGAAUUGAAGAACAAACAGCUGGGCAAUCCGAAAGCGGUGUCAAAUUCACGACGCGGUCAUAAUCCCGACUCGGAACUGGCUGAAAAACAUUAUAGAACUGUCAUGGAGGAGGCAAUGUGCCAUGAGCCGCAGAUGCGUUGCAUGCGUGUUGAACGGGAUCCCUCGAAAAUCUACAGGCCACAUUGCACCAAGCUGUUUCGCUGCAGCGAGGACAGCGGCUGUUGUCGCAGUCGCAGCGAGAUCUGUGCCCCAAAGGAAUACCACGAGGUCGAGCUGACUUUCUAUGUCUCGACAGUUGGCUCACGCAAAUCAACUACUGAGAAAUUGUCGUUUGUCAAUCACACCAAAUGCCAUUGCAUUGAACGCACCAAUUUCUAUAACGGAGCUCUCUCCAAUGUGGGAGAGAUGCAACAGGCGGCCAUACUCAACUGCAAUUGUCCCAAACUCUUUGAGAAGAUCAUACAGAACGAUGGCAAAUGUCGCUGCGAUUGCACAUCGAGCAGCAAUCACUGUGCUUAUCUGAAAACCGGCAUCGAACACUUUUCCAUGAAGGAUCGCAAGUGCAUACAUCAGGGCAUUUGCAAGGCGCCCACCUGCCAGUAUGGCAACUAUAUGGAGAAGCACGGACGUUGUCCCAAUGAGAACGAGCAGAGCAACUACAAUGCCCACAAUUUGUCGUAAAUGGUGUGCGACACAAGUAUUAGCAUAAGAUCUGUUAUAUUACAAAACGGAGGUCUGAGCCAGGUCAAACAAACUAAACUGUCUAUCGAAUCAUUUAACAAAACAAA